CGCCGCAGUCACAUGAUAGAGCUUCCGGGAUCCUGCGUUUUGUGCAGCAGAAACAAAACGAAAACGAAGAAAGCCUGCCAGGAAAGAAGAAUACGCCCCACGGAUUCUGAAGAAGAAUAACGGGAACAAUUAAGAAUGCUAGAUUUACAUCUGGCGAAGUAGAAGCUACGAUCUGCUCCAAAUAGCUGGCGGGCUCGUUAUGCUAGCUGCAAUCCUUAUUGAAAUAGCUUGUUGCUUAGAUAGCGUUAGCUACGUCGGUUAUCGAUUUUAUAGUGCUAUAACCGUUGAGAAAGCUAAAGAGACACGUAAUAUAAAUAAUUCUGUUCUGUAUAAUAUACAUCCAUAUAAAUAACUAGUUUCAGAUUAAUAAAUAUUGUUUCCUGAGCAUUACCUGGCUGGCUAUUGUCGUACUGCAGAUGUAGCUGGCUGCUUAGUAAAAUCGCCGCAUAGCUUAUCAGCUGGCGCGACUGGCUUGGUUGGAGCUGGCUAGCAAGCUGGCUUUAUAAAGUAUUUGGGUUGAAUAUCAACUGGCUUUCGCUAACGAGUUAGUUUAUGAUAAAAUAAUAGCACGUUGAUGGCAGUUACUUACUUUUAAAACUAACUAGCCAGCUGUCUAGACAGGUACCGCGUAAAUCAGAACACAGCCCGGAUAUUUUUUUUAAUCAUAAAUGAGCGAGUGCGCUAACGUCUAGCUGUUGUGUAUUUCGCUUGGAAGAUACAUUCCGUGGCAAGGUAAUCGCCCAUAAGCAAGUAGAUAGACCAGAAUAUUACACUACCGAUCGAUACGCGUAGUCAUAAUAUCAAAAUACAUCUCACUAGGCAGCUUUUUAUCUACACCAAACAGGCCCAGUUGGCUGGCAACAAAAUAUCCGAUAGAAAGGAGCCGUUAACAAGCUAGCUAUUAAUACAGUGUCCCUGUUGGUAUUGGUUGUCUGGACACCGAACAGGCGGAAUUCAUUAUGUCGCAGUACACCAGUUUCCCGGAACCGAACGACGACUCCAACCCAUUUCAGGACCCUGCGGUGACACAACACAGCAGUAACACAGGGUACGCCACCCUGGACCUCUAUAAUCCCUUCGACAACAAGACCGGGCCCCCGCCUCCCUACGAGGCCACCUCCCCCUCUGCAGCCCCUGUUCCCGCCCAAACCCCGCCCAGGAGGACCACCCCCACCGAGCCCAAAAACUAUGGCUCCUACAGCACACAGCCGUCCCCCGUGACCGCCACCACGGCGGAGCUGCUGAAGAAGCAGGAGGAGCUGGAGAGGAAGGCCCGGGAGCUGGAGAGGCGGGAGAGAGAGCUGGACUCCCACGCUCUGGGGGCGGGAGCUUCACGUCAGAACAACUGGCCCCCCCUGCCCUCCUUCUGUCCCGUGGGACCCUGCUUUUACCAGGACAUCGACCUGGAGAUCAGCCAAAGCUUCCAGCACACCGUCAAGAUCAUGUACUACUUCUGGAUCUUCUCGGCAUCUACCCUGCUCUUCAACCUGAUCUCCUGCCUGGCGCUCUUCUGCGUGGACCCGGUCGGCGGCGUGGGGCUGGGCCUCGCCAUCCUCUGGGUCCUCCUCUUCACCCCCUGCUCCUUCGUCUGUUGGUACAGGCCUGUGUACAAAGCCUUCAGGAGUGACAGUUCCUUCAACUUCUUUGCCUUUUUCUUCAUCUUCUUCGCGCAAGUGGUCCUCUACGUCAUGAUGACCAUCGGGAUUCCUGGCUGGGGGUUCAGCGGGUGGAUCGUGAGCCUGGCCACGCUGAAGACCAGCGUGCCUGUCGGAGUGAUCAUGAUGCUCAACGCCGUGCUCUUCACCGGCCAGGCCGUCAUGGGCGUGGUCAUGCUCAAGAAGGUCCACUCCCUGUACAGGCAGACCGACGCCAGCUUCCAGAAGGCGCAGGCCGAGUUCGCCACGGAGGUGAUGGCCAAUCAGGCGGUGCGGCAGGCCGCGGCCAACGCCACCGCCACCGCGGCCCAGAGCGCCUUUACCGGGGCCCGAUAGGGUGGGACCGGGCCGCAGGGGGGCGGAGCUUGGGGCAUCAACAUAACACCGCGAGGGGUUGGUGGGUCACUUAUACCUGGUGGCCAAGCCAGUAUGCUUUGAGAGAGGGCGGGGCUUAAUCAACGUGAGGAAGAAGCAGGCUGUUGGUCUGGAGGUAACUAAGGUGGUUUUAAUAGAGAGACCAAAUAAAGGCAUCUAAAAUGGAAAAAAAACAGGCCGUAUACUACAACAAUUAUGGAUGAAUUGUGUCAUAAAAAAAAGCAGGGGGGUGGGAAACAAUUCUUUAGUUUUCUGUUGACGGAAUUUACCGGAAGGGGAAAUCGGUGGUGUUUUCUGUAAAGUUAAUUCUCUUUGAAAAAUGUGUCCGUCGAUUGAGUGUGAUUAUUAAACCGGUUAUUGGACAGUUGGAUGGUUGGAAAUGGGAGAAACGGACCCGAGGUGCCAUCUUGCAUUGAACUAAAGCCGAGUUGUUUAAUUAUUUGUGACCUACGUUGCUGUAACGUUAGUGAACUAACCAGUUGUUUUGUAAUUGUAAACGAGAAUGCCAUAUUUACACUACUUUGUCGAAUGCCAGAAUAACUUCACGGUUGCUGCACUUGUAAUUUCUGUUGUAUUGUUGUUUUUUCUGCUGUUUGUUGUCGUCUUCAGUAUUGCAAUUUCUGUUUUAAUAAAUUAAUUCAAAUGUCAUA